AUGGAAACUGACUACCUGAAGAGGUGCUUUGGAAACUGCCUGACCCAGGCACUGGCAGAGGUGGCAAAGGUUCGGCCGAGUGACCCAAUAGAGUACCUGGCUCACAGGCUUUAUCAGUAUAAAAAAACAGCUAAUGCAAAAGAAGAGAAUGGGCAAGAUAAGAUCCAGCUGGAGGAGGAAUAUGACAGUAGCCUCAAGGAAGUGGAAAUAACAAAAAUGCUGAAGCAAGUAGAGGGUCAGAUUCAACAGAAGUGUGAACAGUGUCACAAGGAUUUGAUUUCCAAAGCUAUUUCCACAAAGACCAUACUUAUGAAGGAAGACAUGAAACCACUUGAGAAGGAGGCCUCGAAGCAGGAAUUCCUGCCAGGUACUUCCAAUAUGAUUACAGGAAUGUCUCAACAGGUUGCUCCUUUGGAGUCAGCUGGCCAGACUGACCCGGACUUUGAAACUCCACAAGAAGUAAAUUACCAGGAGGCUUUUCAGCAUGAAGUUAUUCACGAAAUACCUCCUGGUUCCACAUCUUCUUCUUAG